AUGUAAAAGACAAUCAAUCCAAUUGUGAAGUGGGCUUAAAGAAAAGACAACAUUUUCUUGACUGUUGAAGUAAGAGACUUAAAAGAUGAGAAAGUUGAAUUGACAUCAACAUCCUUGAAAUUUAGUGCAAAUGCUGAAGGUGUAAAUUAUGCAUUUGAAAUCAAUUUCUAUGCUGAAGUUAUUGUUGAAGAAAGCAAAUGGACCAAUUAUGGUGUUAAUGUGAGAUUCAUUUUAAGUAAAAAAGAUUAAGCCGCCUCAUAUUGGACUAGAUUGAUCAAAGAAGCUCAUAAAUUAUAAUAUUUAUAAGUUGACUGGACCAAAUACAUUGAUGAAGAUGAUGAAGCUGAAGAAGGAGGCAAAGGAUUAGAGGAUUGGAAUGCCAACAACUUCUAAGGAUUUGAUGGAUAGGGUUAACCAGAUGAAGAUGAUGAAGAAGAAUAAGAAUAAGAGGAAUAAGAAUAAACAUAAGAAGAAUAAUAAUAAGAAUAAGCAGAACCAUAAAAGGGAUAAGAGGAAGUAUAAAACUAAUGAGUUUAUAAUAAAGUAAAUAUUAAUAGUCUUAAUUAAUUUGAUGAA